AUGUUAAUUCGUCGAACAGCCAAUUUGAUCUCUCAAUUCGUUCUUCUGCUAACGAUUUUCAAACCGAGUUUUUCCGAACUGGAUGAGCAUGAACAUACAUCUAAUCAAUUAUUCAACAUUCUCGGUACAUUACAACCCUUUCGUUCUCAAUUCUGUCAAUUCAAAUUCGAAAAUUGCAUCCAAGAUUCUUCCUAUGCUGAUCAACUCGAUAAUGAUUGUAAUAUAUAUUCACGUUUACGUGAUUGUUUUCGUUCGUUACUCGAUGAAACUCAAUGUUUAACUAUUCAAUUAAAACGUCAAUACAAAAAAGCCAAACAGAAUGAAUACGAAUCAUGCGGGAUUGCUCUGUCAUAUGAAUCGAUCAAUUCAUCUAUCUAUACCCCAUCAUCGUCAAUGAAAUUGAAUAUUAAUUAUUUAACAAAGACACAAUCGAUCUGUUCCGGUGAUCUUUUUCUUUCUCUGCUCUCGUCCACUCGAUCUCAACGUCAGACGUUCGCUAUUCACACUGCUGUAUCAAUUCAAUACAUGCUGCUCUAUGAUCAAGAUAAAUAA